GGUGAACCCAUCUGAACUGACAAUAUGUUUUUGCACAGUCUGGUGGUUCUACCCUUGCUCAUUAUUGAGGGAAGCUCUGCUGGGUGUGGUUGGGAAGAUGAUAAAUCAUACGUUGCUAAUCCCUUGUGGUCCCAAAACCCCAGAGGAGACAAUGGCAUAUACAGGAGCUGCAUGGAAAUCAGGAAAUUGAACAAUAAUGCUGAAGAUGGAAUCUACACACUGAGAACUGGAGGUGGGAUCUACUACCAGACAUUCUGUGACAUGACAACUGAUGGUGGAGGCUGGACCUUGGUGGCCAGUGUCCAUGAGAACAACAUGUUUGGCAAGUGCACAGUUGGAGACCGAUGGACCAGUCAACAGGGAAACGUACCCAACUACCCAGCAGGAGAUGGUAACUGGGCAAACGAUGCCACGUUUGGGUUACCUGAUGGAGCUACCAGUGAUGACUACAAGAAUCCAGGCUAUUACGAUAUCAUUUCCAGUAAUUUGGGAUUGUGGCAUGUGCCAAACAACACACCAUUUUCCCACUGGAGGAAUAACUCACUGCUAAGGUAUCACACACAGAAUGGCUUCUUUUCUGCUGAAGGUGGGAAUCUCUUCCAUCUGUACCAGAAAUAUCCACUAAAGUUUGGUGCUGGAACCUGCCCAAAAGACAACGGACCUGCUGUGCCAGUUGCGUAUGAUUUGGGAAAUCCUGACAUAGCCACUGGUUACUUCUCUCCAGAUGCUAGAGGUAUGUUUUCUGCAGGAUUUGUUCAGUUCCGAGUGUUUAAUACUGAAACAGCAGCACUGGCUCUCUGUCCAGGAGUAAAGAUGACUACCUGCAACUCAGAACAUUUCUGCAUAGGAGGUGGGGGCUAUUUUCCUGAAGGAAAUCCCAGACAGUGUGGAGAUUUUACAGCCUUUGAUUGGGAUGGUUAUGGGGAACAUAAAGGUGUGAGUAUGAGUAAGGAAAUGACAGAGGCUGCCGUGCUGCUCUUCUACCGCUGAUUUAUUUUCAAGGCACAACAACUUACAGAUCUCUAGCAUAAAGCUGCUUUCAUUUAUAUACAAACUCGACUGUUGGAUCUAGGGUGGGUUUAACAUAACAUACUAAUUUCCAAUAUUAUAUGGAUAUCUUAUAUAUAUCUGUACAUGGUCAUGUAAUAUGUAAUUUAAAGAGACAAUGUACCUAUAUGUCAAAAAUACUGUACCGUAUAGGAUCUGUUAUCCAGAAACCCAUUAUCCAGAAAGCUCUGAAUUACAGGAAGGCCAUCUCCCAAAGACUCCAUUUUAAUCAAAUAAUGCAGAUUUUUAAAAAUGAUUUCCUAUUUCUCUAUAAUAAUAAAACAGUACCUUUUACUUGAUCCUAACUAAGAUAUAAUUAAUCCUUAUUGGAGGCAAAACUAUUGUGUCUAUUUAUCGUUUACAUUAUUUUUAGAAGAUUUAAGGUAUGGAGAUCCAAAUUACGCAAAGACCCCUUAUCUGGAAACCCCAAGUCCCGCGCAUUCUGGAUAAAAUGUUCCAUACCUGUGUUAGUGUAUAUAGCCUGUGCAUAUAUAUUUUUAUGCGUUGAAGAGGCUGCUGCAUUAUGUAUGUCAUGAAAUUUAGUGAAUGGAUAUUGAAUAUGUACCCUGUGGUUUAGAAAGUUACUCUUUUGCUGAUGAGCACAGUCUGGAGGUAGCACUGUUAGUGGCACAAAGUGGUACACUUACCUAAUACCCCAGCCUAGUGCUCUUGAAAACUGCAUUGGCCUUCGGCCUGGAAUGCUUCUGAGCAAGCACCACAGAGCAAUCUUCUUCUUCUACUUCAUUCUUUAAUGGCCCCAGGCUAUCAAAUGUUCUGUACAUUGAAAAAGCCAGCUUUUUGCUUGAAGUUCAGCUUUUUACUCCACUGUGCAUGUGCACCCAGAAGUAAGACGCAAGAAGAAGAUCACUCUGAGACGCUCGCUCAGAAGUACCCCAAAAGUUGCCAAUGUCUAAGGAGGAAGUUAGGGUUACCACAUUUUACUGGCCCAGGAUCUGGGCAGGGGGCAGGCCAAACACAUCACGGGGGCGGACUAGUGAUGUCAUGGGCAAGGUGAAGUCAUGGACGGGGACGGGGCUACAACAUGUCGAUCAAUGAUUGGCUGAACGCCAUGUCAAUCGGGGAAAAGGGGAGUCUUAUUUGGAAAACCGGGAAGGCUGUCUUGACCCGGGUAGCCCUUCAGAAAACCAGCCUUUCUGAGUGAAAACCGGACAGGUGGCAACCCUAGCGGAGGUGCCUGACACAUAUGAUUUUAAUCACAAGGGGUGCCUAACAUUUGGCAUCCCCAAGUGAUUUUACUUUUCCAUCUUCUUUAAGCAGGCCAUACUAUGGCUGACAACACCAAUCCAUAUGCUGACCAGUUUGUUGCCCAAAGUCCCUGAACAGAAUAUGCUCAGGCAUGACAUCACAAAAAUGUUCAUGAAAUGAAGAGAUUGGAUGAUUCUUAAAAACGAUGGUCUAGGAAAUCUUCUCAUUAAGUGGUUGUGGAUGUAAUGCGCUAUGUUUUCCCUGUGCAAAGAUUUUGUGACUUGGACUUUAUGGUCCCAUAAGACUAUAAUGACUUCUCUCAUUUCUCAUGAAUAAAAUCUGUAUUUUUGUUUAUUUUUGCAGUGUUUUAGAAUUUUGAAUGUUUUAUUCACUUUCAGUGUGGUGAUUAUGAUUAAAAAAGCAACAAUAAUAACUCAAGGCUUCCCUUUAUAUUACACAGUACAAUUAGCAUUAAACAUGUGUAUCUGAUGAGAUUUAUCGUUUGUGACUUCUGUUAUGCAUAACUCUGUAAUCAUUGCAAAUCUUUUUCUACCUUGUUCUGUAUGUGUCAACUGUAUAGGAAAUCAAACAUUUAAAAAAAAACAAUAAAUAUAAUAUUGGUAAUCGGA